ACCCAGAAGACCAGAUCAAUUGGAUCACCCAGCAGGACAGAGAUCAACUUCCCCAUCCCUUACACAGCCUGCUCAGACUGGUGAGAGCACAAGAGAUAUGAGGCGUCAUGGUCAGGCCAGCCAACAGGCAGAUGGACCUAGGAGGACUCUCCAAGUGGAUACCAGAAGUCAAAAAUCAGGACGGUCUCCCUCUGUUUCACCAGACCGAGGCAGCACCCCUACCUCACCUUAUUCUGUCCCACAAAUUGCGCCCCUUCCAAGCAGCACUCUUUGUCCUAUAUGCAAGACAACAGAACUCACUUCCUCCCCUAACCAGCCAAACUUCAACACCUGCACACAGUGUCACAACAAGGUCUGCAACCAAUGUGGAUUCAACCCUAACCCCCAUCUCACUGAGGUGAAGGAAUGGUUAUGUCUGAACUGCCAGAUGCAGAGAGCUUUAGGGAUGGACAUGACCACAGCACCUCGCUCCAAAAGCCAGCAGCAGCUACAGUCCCCUUCACUUUCUCCAUCCCAUUCCCCAGCCAAACAGCCCCAACCUCAACCCCAGGUAAAGACAGGACAAGAGAAACUACCAGGAACUGUGCUGCCAGGCACCAGGCAGAGUGCUGGUGUACUGCAGCCAGAUGCACCAAAACCACACCCAGCUACAGUGCAGAGGGAACAACACAGCCAAGGCCAGCCAAAACCUGCUGCUCCUCAGGAAGUGGUGAGAUCUCCACCUCAACAUCAGCAAGCAAAACCUUCUUCCUCUGACCAGAAAAAAAGUAUGGGAGACUCCCCAGCAAAGACUUCAGCACCGCCCCCCAGUGCUGGAGCACAAGAGCAAACCCAAGAGGGACUCACUGGAAAGCUUUUUGGGCUUGGAGCUUCUCUCUUGACCCAGGCAAGCACACUUAUGUCUGUCCAGCCAGAGGCCACCCCACAAAGUCAGCAGUCCCCUGGCAAAGUGCCUCCAAAAAUUGUCUUCAGUGAUGCCAGCAAGGAAGCUGGCCUUAAAGCCCCAGGUGCUACACCUGGAGCACAGGGUAGGGCUGGGACUGCUUCAGCUACAAAGCAAGGAAAAGCAGAACAAGCCUUCAAGCCAAAGGAAGUGCCGAAAGAAAGGGUCUUGUGCCCUCUGUGCAAAGCAGAGAUCAAUGUGGGCUCUGGUGGACCCUGCAACUAUAAUACUUGUACAACCUGUAGACAGCAGGUCUGUAACAUGUGUGGAUUCAAUCCAACACCUCAUCUGGUGGAGAAAAAUGAAUGGCUGUGUUUGAACUGCCAAACUCAGAGGCUGCUAGAAGGAAGCCUAGGAGAUCCUGCACCGAUGCCACUGCCUGCUCCAAAGCAACAGCCAACAGGAUCACCCCGACACCAACCAGUGGGAACCAAUCAGCAACAGAGAGGAGUAACACCUCAGCAGUCACAAACAACAGCUCCUCCAGACAGGCACCUCUCCAAGACAACUCCCCAAGUCAAGAAUCUCAGGUCUUCAGAGCAGACCAUAGUCCAAGAGAAAAAGCCUCUUGUUUCAACAGAAGAAAAGCCACUAUCAAAGCCUCCUGCUGACUCUCCAAAAGUUCCUGAAAGUCCAAUGCCAAAGGGGAAAAGCACAGCAUCAAAGCCAGAAGUAGACAGCAAAGAAAGCAAGACAAUCAUUGACGCUCAGAAAGUGAGAGAGCAAGAGGAAGCAAGCAAGCCUUAUCCCUCAGACCUGUCCCGCAGCCCUCAAAGCCUGAGUGACACUGGCUACUCAUCUGAUGGCAUUUCCAGCUCCCAGAGUGAGAUAACAGGCCUGGUACAGCAGGAAGAGGAGAGGUUGAAUGGAACAGGCCUAGCAGACCAGAGUCCUCCCAGUCCCUCUGAACUUACAAAAUUAGAGAGCAGCGUACGCCCCCUGCUGGAAUCAAAGGGUAUGUCCCAAGACCAGAGCGACCAAGGGAAAAUGUAUCAUGAGAUACGGGAAGAGCAAAGACAGAGGCAGAGACCUCGGUCCCUUUCUAUCACCCCAGAAGCCUUCGACUCUGAUGAGGAGCUAGAAGAUAUCAUGGAAGAAGAUGAAGACUCCCUAGAGUGGGAAAACCAGAGAGAUCAAAGAGAGAGUAUGGAGUCAUCAGAUGACUUUGGCAGCCAGCUGCGUCAUGACUACGUGGAGGACAGCAGCGAAGGAGGAUUCUCCCCGCUACCAACCAGGCCAAAAGGCAGAGACACAGAGAUGACCGACGAGGAGUUCAUGAGGAGACAGAUCCUGGAGAUGAGUGCCGAAGAGGACAACCUUGAAGAUGAGGAAAAGGAGUAUGACCAUAUAAAAUACAGUGUCACAAAAAAUGGGCACAAACCUGACACAGAGAAAAGCAAAGAUCUUUCCUCAGCCAAGAGACGCCUGCCUCACAGCUCCGGCAGUUUGUAUGAGGAGGAGAGGAAAGAACUAGAAGCUGCAGAGGGAGAUGACAUGACUGCGUCCCAGGGGGGAUUGCGGCGCUUCAAAACCAUUGAGUUAAAUAGCACCAAGAGCUACAACCGAGACAUGGAAAUUAGCCAGGAUACAGACACCAGCAUGGACAGGGAGCCAGAACUGGAAAUGGAGAGCCUGACAGGCUCCCCAGAGGAACGGUCAAGGGGAGAAUAUUCUUCCACCUUGCCGGCAACAACACCUAGCUACACAUCAGGUACCUCCCCAACUUCUAUCUCUUCUCUGGAAGAGGACAGUGACAGCAGCCCCAGCCGAAGGCAGAGGCUGGAAGAAGUGAAGCAGCAGCGAAAAGCACGGCAUCGCUCCCAUGGGCCUCUGCUGCCAACCAUAGAGGAUUCCUCGGAAGAAGAGGAGCUGCGGGAGGAAGAGGAGCUGUUGCGGGAGCAGGAGAAGAUGCGGGAAGUGGAGCAGCAACGUAUUCGAAGCACCGCACGCAAAACUAAGCGGGACAAGGAGGAGCUGAGGGCACAGAGGAGAAGAGAAAGAUCCAAAACACCACCUAGUAACCUGUCUCCCAUCGAGGAUGCUUCUCCCACAGAGGAGCUUCGGCAGGCAGCGGAGAUGGAGGAGCUGCACAGAUCCUCCUGCUCAGAGUACUCGCCCUCUGUAGACUCUGAUGCUGAGGGAUUUGAUGUCAUAGCCUCCAAGCUGUACAAGUCAGGCAGUGAGUACAACUUGCCUACUUUCAUGUCCCUUUACUCCCCAACAGAAAAAACAGACAGUAGUUCUAGUUAUCCCUCAAGCAAGCCUCUGAAAAGUGCAGAAGAAGCAUAUGAAGAGAUUAUGAAGAAGGCAGAAAUGUUCCAAAAGCAGCAAGUCCAGCAGUCCCAACAAGGUGUUUCCUAUAGUGACACCUACCAGCAGGUAGGAUACUGCAGCACAGAAGAUCAAAAUAAUUUUGAAUACCAUUACAUAGAUGAGUAUAGCUAUGAUUCCAGAAACUUGGAGUCUUCUCAGUCUGAUUACCAGAGUGAACUCUCCAAACCUGGAGCAGUGUACGAGGAAAUCCUGCAGACAUCGCAGAGCAUUUCCAGGAUGCACCAGUCCUCCUCCUUUGAUCUGGCUCUAGAACAGGAGGAAAAGAAGAAAGGGAGAAAAGAAGUAUAUCAGGAAAAGCACUAUCUCAAUGCUGAGAGUGCUUAUGCCGAUUUGAUGAAGCAAAACAAUGCUCCACUCACACCAGGCACAAGCCCCACCCAGCUAUCUGCUCCUGUAUCUUUUUCAUCCUCUGAAGAAAGUGCAGGCAGGGUAAUUCCUGAUGUUCGAGUCACUCAGCAUUUUGCAAAAGAGGGGCAUAACCACGCAAAGCUUCAGAGUUUAUCGGCAGCUUCUACCUCAGUGUCCAGAGUUAUGACAGCUCCCUACCCAUAUGCUAAAGGCCCCAGCACUGUCACCACUGUCAUUUCCAGCCCAGUGAGUGCACCACGAAUCUACAGCUCUCCAUCUUUGAGUAGCUCAGACACAACAUCUGUAUCUACCAGAAGUUACAGUCAAAUUAAGAGUACUGCAAGUUACAGCUCUCAGACAGAGGAUACCUCCAGAAGCAAGAGUACUACUGAGGUCAGCGGGCCAUCAGCAAGAGAGAAACUCCAGAAUAUGAGUGAUAGCAAGACUAUGUCAUCCAAAAUGUACUCUUUCUUCAAAGGCUCCAGCCCACCACUUUCCCCAACUUCUCCUACUCAAAGUCCCACUCAUUCGGUUCCAAGAAGAGGGAUGCCAGCUAGCCCUGGGAUGGGACCAAAAUCAACUGCAGAGUUUUCCACUCAAACACAAAGCACAGUUCUCAUGUAUGAUAUCCCCACUACCACCAGUACAUCAACCUCCUCUCCAAUGAUAGCCCAAGGAACACAGACUCCCCAUCGUGCUGGUUCUCCUCGCAUUACUAGGCAGCAGUCGUCACAAGAAGCUCCAUUUAUGGUCAUUACAUUAGCAUCAGAUGCGUCUAGCCAAACAAAGCCAAUAAAUGUAAACUCCUCCACAUCCCCUGCCUCAUCUCCAACCAGGCUGAGUCGCCAGCAGACAUUGCAUAGCUACAGUCAAACAAUAAUCAAUGCAGCACAACUUCAGCAGGAGCAGCUGCAAUCCACUUACACAAAGACACAGUCAAUGAUAGACAGAGCCUCUGUGCCCAGCGGUGCAGUUCAGAAAGUGCCUACCACUUCUGCAGAGAGCCCUGCUGGUGUGUACAGCUGGGGAACACUGCCUGCAGAGAAUAUCUCCUUGUGCAGAAUAUCUUCAAUUCCGGGAACAUCCAGGGUAGAGCCUGGACCCAAGCCACCAAGCAGUAGUGCUGUAGACUUACGAACAGCUCUGAAAUCAGCCCCAAUCAUCAUAACAGACCAUGGCAUGGAUCUCACUUCUCUAGCUACUGAAACUAGAAAAUACUGCCUUGCUUUAGAACAGACUCCAAAUCGGCAAUCAACAACUAUCCAGCCCUUAAUCAUAAAUCUCAAUGCCCAAGAACAGCCCCAUGCUAUUAUGGGCACAACCACUACAGUCAGCAUAACUGUGGCAUCCUCCAUGCUUGUGUCUCAGCCAAAACAACCCGCAGUGUAUGGAGACCCUUUCCAGAACAGGGUGGACUAUGGGCAAGGUGCAGGAAGUCCUGUCUGCCUUACCCAAGUCAAGCAGGUAGAGCAAGCAGUUCAAACUGGCUCCUUCAGAGGGAGUGGGAGUGAAACUGGCACUUCUGCUCUGGAAGGAAAACCUGAAGCUGUUACUCUGCAACAAACAAAAUUUGCAAGAUAUAAUUUGCCCAAUCAAAUGACAACUUUUGUGAAGAAAGAUAUGCUUAUAACUCAGACCAGUAGCACACCAGGUGGUGUUAACAUCAGUACAAUUCCCAGGCAAUUCUCUCAGGAUCAAAGCCCAGACAUAUAUAGAGGGGUACCUGUGGAGCUGAAAACCCAGGGUCCCCCAGUCAACCUGGGAGGCAAAAAAUCACAAGUCAUGAUGGUACAGAUGGAUGAUAUAGCAGCAGGCCCAGUAACAAAAGUGCUCAAAGACGAACCACCAGCUAAUGUGCUGGAUCUCACAGGGAUAAAGCCCGAAAGCCAGGUGGCAUGCUGUGAUGUAGUGUAUAAAUUCCCUUUUGGCAGCAGUUGCACUGGAGCUUUCAAUCCUUCCCCAAAGAUACCAGAGAAGAAAGCUGGGGACACAGCUCCAACUGGCAAAUCUAGUGCCCCAUACUAUGGAAACAAAGAACAAGAAUUGCCUGAGACCUACCCAUUCAGAGAGCAGUCAGCCCCAGCUCCAAGUCUGUAUGAGGAACACAGAUUCUACCCACAAGGCAUGUUUGGAAGGCUGUAUUCAUCUAUGUCAGAUACAAACAUCUCAGAAAUCAGCAUGAAUUAUUACCCUGCUAAGGGGGAGCAGCUUUUCCACUCCCCUGCAGGAGAAUCUGCAGUGGAUUUGACUACAAUGAAAGACUCCUACAGCAUCAGCUUCACAGAGGGGGGUUACUUGGGCCACGGCCUGCAGUAUGGCUCUUUCUCUGACCUCCGGCAGCCCACAGACUUGCUAAGUCAUCCACUCCCAAUGAGAAGGUACAGUUCAGCCUCAAAUAUCUACUCUGACUACCGGUACUCACCCAGAGACCUGGCAAAUUUCCAGGAGUCUAGUCUGGCCCAGUACAGUGCCACUACAGCUCGCGAAAUCAGCCGAAUGUGCGCUGCACUCAACUCAAUGGACCACUAUGGAGGAAGACAUACAAACAGUCCUGAUCUCUUGCAGUAUGGGCCCAGUUCUCUCAGUGCUGGGCCAACAGGAGCUAGCAACAUCUCUGCUCCGCAGGGACUCACUCCCAUCAAACCCAGCAUGAUGUACAACACCAAUUUCCUGGACUCACGUCAGGGCUUCGGGAAUCUAGCACAGUACAAUCUCCCUGGUGUCCGUCUGGGAGCUGUCAGACAGAUAUUCCCUUCCACAGCCACUGUGCGAGCUGCAGAUGGCAUGAUUUAUUCCACUAUAAACACUCCUAUAGCAUCAACCCUUCCCAUCACCACCCAGCCAGCUUCUGUGCUUCGGCCCAUGCUCCGAGGGUUAUAUAGACCUUACACCCCAGGUAACAUCACAGCUGUCCCUCUGGCCAGCCUGACCAGAGUGCCUUUGGUUACUCCAAGGAUCCCCCUUGCAGCCCCAGGUCUAUACCGCUAUUCAGCUCCUUGCAGAUUCCCAUCUGUUCCCACAACAUCAGUGAUGGAAACGCCCAUGUACCUGGGAAAACCUGUCACCACUGUUGCAGCCAGCACUGCUGCAAGUGGCAUCAGCACAGUGCCCACUGCCAAAGCACCAGCUGUCACUGCAGUGGGUGUUCAAAGACCUGAGCAGGCUGGGGCUACCACUCGAGAUGAGGGGCCUGCUACAGCUUUGGGGGCCCAGAGUACUGCAAAAGAGAUCAGUCAGCCUCAGCAGCUAGUGCUCCCAGCCCAAAAGCCACAGGCAGAGCUGCCUCAGACCAGUGUCCCCAGCAAAGGCAGCCUGGAGAGAGAAGAAAAGGAAAAAGAGGAGGAGCGCCAGCGCAAGCAGCAAGAGCAUAUUCUCCAGAUAGAGAGGGAGAGGGUAGAGCUGGAGAAGCUGAGGCAGCUGAGGCUGCAUGAGGAGCUGGAGAGAGAGCGUGUGGAGCUGCAGCGGCACAGGGAGAAAGAGCAGAUGCUGGUACACAGAGAAAUCCAGGAGCUGCAGUCUAUAAAGCACCAGGUUCUGCAGCAGCAGCAGGAAGAACGCCAGGCCCAAUUUGCUUUGCAGAGGGAGCAGCUGGCCCAGCAGCGCUUACAGCUGGAGCAAAUUCAACAGCUCCAGCAGCAGCUGCAACAACAACUGGAGGAGCAGAAGAGGCAAAAAAGUACUUUCCCUCCUGUGUGUGACCCAGCAGGGAGAAUCCCUCCUCAGGCUGUCACUGAGAUAGCAAUGGAAAUGCAAAGGACAUUGGCCCAAAAUGGACAGUACUGGCCACCCUUGAACCAAGCCUUCAUGGCUACCCCAGCUGCAGGGCAGGAAGCGCCAGCACAGCCUCGCUAUCCUGGGUUGCAGAGGCCACUCACUAACUCUGCGUCAGAAAUGUCUCUGCAGACAGAGGAGCAGUGGGAAUCCAACCGGGGAAUAAAAAAGAGGAACUCCAUGCCACGCCUCCGGGACGCCUAUGACAAAGAAGCCCCACAUGAGUCAUACGUGGUGAAAAAGAUCACAGACAGCAGUGUGCAGACAGAUGAGGAAGAUAGUGAGGAACGUUACUACCUGUCCCGGCGCCGCCGCACCCGGCGCAGCACUGAUUGUAGCGUGCAAACAGAUGAGGAGGACAAUGCAGAAUGGGAGCAACCAGUGCGCCGGCGCCGAUCCCGCUUCUCACGGCACUCAGACUCCAGCGCCGAGAGUAAGCAGGACUCCUCAAAAGGCACAGCCAGCAUAGGCAUCCAGACCAUCAGUGACUGCUCUGUGCAGACUGAGCCUGACCAGCUGCUCAGAGUGUCCCCCUCCAUUCACAUUACCACCCAUGACCCCAAAGUGGAGAUAGUGAAGUAUAUCUCUGCUCCAGAGAAGACUCAGCAUGGGGAGAGCCUGGCCUGCCAGACUGAGCCAGAAGCGCAGCCUCAGCCAGGCAUUGUGGUCCCCCAGCUUACUGUGCCUACAACCAUCACACCCUACUCCUCUAAUGUUCAGAUGGUGAGCACAAGUCCCCUGGACCCCCAUGCUAUCAGGCAACAGGCCCUAGGCAAGUUUGAGAAGAAGAAGCCUGAUCCUCUGGAAAUUGGAUAUCAGUCCCAUUUGCCUACAGAUUCACUUUCCCAGCUAAUGACCCGCCAGCCUCCCAAAUCCCCCCAGGUACUCUACUCCCCCGUCUCCCCCCUCUCCCCACACCGGCUGCUAGAGUCUACAUUCACUACCAGUGAAAGACUUAAUAAGGCCCAUGUGACACCACAGAAGCAUUUCACGGCUGACUCUACCCAACACCAGCAGACCCUGCCUCGUCCCAUCAAAACCAUGCAGAGAUCCUUAUCUGACCCCAAGCCCAUCAGCCCUACCUCAGAGGAGUCUGGGAAGGACAGGUUCUCCUUAUACCAGCACCCAUUACUCCCAGGCAGCCAGAUUUCCACUUUGCAGUCCAGCACACUGAUUCGGAAGGUGAAACGCACCCUACCCAGCCCCCCUCCAGAGGAAGCUCACCUACCUCUGGCCAGUCAAGCCCACUCCCAAAUGUACCUGCCUAGCCUCAUGCAGAAGGGGAUAGGAGGGCAAGCUAUGCAGGUAACCAAGGCCAGUCUACUCAAAGACAUUGACCGUGAUCUGAAGCUGGUGGAGCAUGAAUCUACAAAACUAAGGAAGAAGCAAGCUGAGUUAGAUGAGGAAGAGAAGGAGAUCGAUGCCAAGCUGAAAUAUCUGGAGCUGGGAAUUAAUCAAAGAAAGGAGUCUCUGUUGAAGGAUAGGAGUAUCCGAGACUAUCCCUACCUAAGAUGCCUUGGAGAGAACAGGGAUUACAUGUCUGACAGUGAGUUGAACAAUUUACGCCUCUCCAGCUAUGAGGGCAGCAGUCUGCUCACCCGGCCAAGCACCACCUCAGCUAACCAGUAUGCUGAAUUUUCCAGCUUGCAGUAUACAUCAGCCUCCUCUUAUGCCCCUUAUCAGUACCCCACAGGACCAGCAGGUCUUCAGAGCCCCAGUGCUUUCCAACAAAUGAGAAGUCAGCCUCCCCAGUAUCCUGUGGUGAGCAACAGCACCUCUCAGAAUGGCUUCCAGGCAAGUCAGCUACCCACCUAUCCCUCACAGAGUACGUAUCAAGGACAUACCUUCACUCCAAACACCAGCUACCAAUCAGACUUGGGGCUGCAGAGCCAGCAAGGUUUCCGGCUACCUAAUCACUAUCAAACACAGACCACCUAUCCCAACUCAACACCCUUGCUGCCAGCACAGAGUGCACUUUUCCAAACCCAAGCAGACACGCAGUCCAUACACCAGAAGCCACGGCAGACAUCACUGGCUGACUUAGAGCAAAAGAUUCCUACUAAUUAUGAAGUGAUUGGCAGCCCAGCUGUGACAGUCUCUUCAGCUGCCCCAGAUGUCACCUUCAGCACCACAACAGUGACCAGCAGCUAUGAGCAGUACAAGACCCCAGAGGCCAAGCCACCUGACCGGAGCAAUGCUGUGCACAGCCCUUCAGCCACUUACUCAUCUGAGUCUCUUUAUACAAACCUGGAGCAGAACAUUCCUCGCAAUUACGUGAUGAUUGAUGACAUUAGUGAACUAACCAAAGACAGCACAGUGGCAGAAAGCCAGAAGAGAGAGGUGCAAAUGCAAGGCAGUAAUGGCCGCCAACUUAAAGAAAAAAGUGAUCUGGUAGAUGCUGAUAGUUCCAACAGACCAUGCUGCUAUGCCAAAACGGAGGAGGAGUCAGAGGAGGACAUGUAUGACCACCACAGUACUGACCAUCGAGGAAAGGGCAGCUACCACAGGGGGCCAGAGAGCAAUGGCAGGGUGUCAGGGAGCAGCAGUUCUUAUUACUAUGGGGACAAUGAUUACCGGCACUCUUCACGGCCAGACAAGCAUGGUUCUGGCACAGGGGUGCAGAAACAUUCCUCCAAAAACUUGGCCCCUGCUGUUAUCUCCUCCAAGCGCAGUAAGCACAGAAAACAAGGUAUGGAGCAGAAGAUCUCCAAAUUCUCCCCCAUAGAAGAAGCCAAAGAUGUGGAGUCAGACCUGGCCUCAUACACAGUGACUACAUCUGUCAGCAGCAGCAAUGUGGCAUCCAGAGCAAAGAAGUUUCAGGAUGAGAUCACCUAUGGUCUCAAGAAGAAUGUGUAUGAACAGCAGAAAUACUAUGGUGUGCCUGGCAGGGAUAUGACAGAUGAUGAGAGAGUGUACAGCAGUGGAAGCAGAUCAAGAUCAUCUGGUUAUGGGACAGAGAAAUCGUCAAGCCGUGAUGUGAGCAGCAGAAGCAAGUCCUAUGAGAGAGACAGCAUGGAAAGAUCCCAGAAAGGCAGCUCCAAGCCUUCUUCUCUUAUCAUGAGUCAGGGUCGAGGGCGACCUCCAAUUCGCACACAGGCCUCGGAAGAGGAAAGUCCCAUCAGUCCUUUAGGAAAGUCCGUGGGUGUGUCCCGUUCCUCAGGUGGACCUCUCCCUCCAUCAGCUGGGGACAGCUGUCCUCAGUUCUGCUCCAGCCACUCACUGCCUGAUGUACAAGAACAUAUCAAAGAUGUGCCAAGGAACCACGCUUACAAGCAUGAGGAUGGUUACAUGAUGGAUGAUUCACAUUGCGUUGUUUCAGAUAGUGAAGCCUAUCAUUUGGGUCAGGAGGAGACAGACUGGUUUGAUAAACCCAGGGAUGCUCGCUCAGAAAGAUUAAGGCAUUGCAGUGGCCACGCCUCUUCCUCUCAGAAGAGAGCUUCAGUUAAACACACCUACCAUGACUAUGAUGAGCCUCCAGAUGACGACCUGUGGCAGCAUGAUGAUUACUCUCAACCACGUCAUUCUUCUUCCAAAGACCACAGGCACCAUGGAGAGUAUGGAAGGCAUUCAUCCUCACGCCACCCAAAUGAUGAUCAACCUCGGAGGUCAUCCAAGCAGCACCCCAGAGAUCAGGGCCGCCAUGAACCCCGCACACACACACAGCCUUCUUCCCAGAAGAAGACUCAGCAGUCAGAAACGAGGACACAGCCAGGUUACCCUUCCAGCACUUCAGAGUACUCACAGCAAUCCCGGCAGCCAUCCAAUUACCACCAUACCUCAGAGUCCCAGAAAACACAAAAACCACCACCUCAGCCACAGAAAACAGAGCCCCUUCCCCAUCAACCACAGCAGCCACCACAGCAAACAAGGCAACAACAACCAGGGCAGCAGCCACCACAGCAGCAGCCACAACAGCCAUCAACCAGGCAGCAGCAGCCAUCAUCCAGGCAACCUGCUCAACAGCAAGGAGGCCCUUCCCAGCAGCCCCCACAACAGCAGCCGCAGCAGCCACAGCAGCCGCAGCAAGCUAGGGUGCAGCAGCAGUUGGGAGCUCAAGGACCACCCUCCUCGCGGCUACCACAGCAGCAGCCCACCCCACCCCAGCCAGUAGGGAAACCACAGCCAAGUCCCCACGCCCAAGCAGGGGGACACCAAGCAACACCACCAAAAGCAGAACAGAUGGAGGCAUCCAAACCCACCACAAAAGUGCCACAGCAGCCGGGGAGAGUGCCCCAAGCACAGCCACCAGGGGCAGCAGCCGCAGGUAAUAAAGUGGGUCAGAAACCUUCAGGAGCAACUCCAUCUGCUGCGACAGCAGCUGGACAGCCCGGGGUGGAUGGAGAGAGCAUGUUUUCCAAAAUCCUACCAGGAGGGGCAGCAGAACAAGCAGGCAAAUUGACUGAAGCGGUGUCUGCUUUUGGCAAGAAAUUCACAUCAUUCUGGUGAGAGAAUUCCACAGGGAAUUUGAGAGAGCAAAUAGAUAUCUAGUCACCGCAGAGGAAAAACCUAUGAAGAAACCAGUGAAUUCAGCCUGCAGCGUUGGACUCUGGGUAUAACACUUUUGAAAGCAUGGAAACCCCUAGGCUGCUUGUGAGAUCAAAUGCAGAAGAGAGGACGUUGGAUCUCAUGGCACAGUGUCUACACAGGGGUCUGGGUGGAGGAUGCAGAGCAAGCUUCUUCAGAAUCUGAGAAGCAGCACUCCAGGAGGGCAUCAGGAGCAUCCUCUUGUCAGCUCUGUGCACUGUGGAUUGAGCCAUAGGAGCAGGUGGUCAGUCAUGCUUAGACUGAAAGGUUGUCUAUAAAGGAAGCUUUCAAAGCGUGAGCCUGUUCCAGACCAUUAGAUCAUAUGGGUAGAGCCUGCUCUGCUUCAUGGAUUCCCCAGCAGUGCUCCCUGCUGAGGUCUCCUCCAUGCCUAGAGGCUGAUGUUGGGAACCAUGGCCCUUUCUUGAGAUUAUACACAGAGUUGUUCACUCCACUGCAUUUUAGCUCUAGAGUCUUCAUAGGUUUUUCCCUCUCUCUGCGAUGUGCAUGAGUUGAGGGCUGGGAGCCAGAGGCUCCAUUUUCCUUCACAUUCCAGUUUGUCCCAUUGGUCCCUUCUACAUGAGGGUGUUCUUUUACUCUCGCUGUCUCUGUGCUGGAAAAAGUUCCAAAACCUGAUCUGUGGGAUUAAGAGAACUUCAAUUAGGACCUAACACUGUUUCAUUACUGAAAUAAGAGGCCAUAGGACUCUGAAAGGCAGUGCGUAAACUGGCUGACUUUUACUGAAGCAAUUGCUGGCCAGGCGCCCCAAAGCCAUCCUGAAGCCAUUCUAAAGCAUUCAAAUGGCAGUGCUUUCCAUUGUUGAUGUCGCACAUUGUUUUAAGUAUGCCUAGGUAUUAUUUUUAUUUCAAGAACAGC